GCCAUCACGCUCGACAUGAGUGCGGCAGCAUACCUGACUUCGAAAGGGGCUCUUGUAGGGAUGUUCCUGUCGUUUCUGCAUUACCCACAUAUUCAGGAAAGGAUAUAUAACGAGAUCGCGGCCAAAAUAGGAACUCGUCACCCUGUCAUUGAGGACCGCUCCAGUCUUCCUUACACCGAAGCAACAAUUCUAGAAUUGCUGAGGUACAUCAGUCAUGCGGUGCUGGGAGUUCCACACUGCUGUAGAGAGGACAUUGAAGUAAGGGGUUUCACCAUUCCAAAGAACGCUAUGGUGGUUCCUAACCUGUGGUACAUUCACCACGACGAGGCUGUGUGGGGAGACCCGUGGAAGUUCCGCCCGGAGAGGUUCCUACGAGAUGACGGGACCCUCCUGGGCGGGGAACACCCCCUCAGGCGGAAUCUACUGCCGUUUGGAACCGGAAGACGUCAAUGUCCUGGCGAAACCCUUGCGAGAUCGAGGCUCUUCCUGUACGUCACGUUCCUGUUACAGCGCUUUGUGUUUCUGCCACCAGAGGGCGACACUCUCCCACCUCUUGACCCGAGUCUAUGGAACCCUGGCAUUAUCAUUCAGCCGCCGAAGUUCACCUGUAGGAUCGCUUGUCGUCAACAGACGUGAGCAAGCGCUCCCUUCUUAUAGAUACUUUUUGUAGUGUUGGAUUUGAUUUGCCAUCUUCAGAUAAAUAACUAAAUAAUAAGAAAUGA